AUGGAAGAUGGUCACUCCCUUUUCGAUUACAGCGUUGGACUGAAUGAUAUUGUUCAACUCUUGGUCAGACAAAGCCCAGCAGUGCUUCCUGCUGUUAGUAAGGAAAAGGAUUCCGAACUCUCCGACACAGACUCUGGCUGUGGCUCAGGCCAAAGCGAAUCUGACAAAAGCUCUCACAAUGGAGAAGGUGCCAUGGAACUGGAGGGACAGCCGAGCACAGCGGCGCAGCCUGACUGGACUGACCCGGGAUUUGGUCUCUAUAAGAUCAAUGACUUGGUCGAUGCUCGAGAUAUGAAUAUGGGAGCAUGGUUUGAAGCCCAGGUUGUAAAUGUAACCAGAAAAAAACCUACCAAUGAAUCAGCUGACAGUUGCACAGAUCCCGAUCAGCCGACAACCAUUCCCGAAGAAGAUGUAAUAUACCACGUGAAGUAUGAAGAUUAUCCAGAGAAUGGAGUUGUAGAAUUGAGUUCGAAUGAUGUACGGGCUCGUGCACGGACUAUUUUGAAGUGGCACCAGCUAGAAGUAGGACAGGUGGUGAUGGUCAACUAUAAUCCCGAUGAACCAAAAGAGAGAGGUUUUUGGUACGAUGCGGAGAUUCUGCAAAAAAGGGAAACAAAAAUGAUCAGAGAGAUAAAUGCAAAGAUCUUACUUGGGGAUGCUGGUGAUUCCUUGAAUGACUGCACAAUUACGUUAGUGGAUGAAAUUUAUAAAAUUGAAGAACCAGGCAGUGCUUGUCCAAUUAGUGCCAGUCCAUUAAAACGACAAAAUGGACCUGUGUGUAAAGCUUGUAAGGACAACCCGAACAAGACCUGCAGAAUUUGUGCUUGCCAUAUCUGUGGAGGUAAACAAGAUCCAGAUAAACAGCUAAUGUGUGAUGAGUGUGAUAUGGCUUUCCACAUCUACUGCCUCAACCCUCCCCUUAGUAGUAUUCCAGAUGAUGAGGAUUGGUAUUGCCCUGAAUGUCGAAAUGAUGCAAGUGAGGUGGUUUUAGCAGGAGAGAAAUUAAAAGAAAGUAAAAAGAAACAAAAGAUGGCAUCCGCUAAUUCAUCCUCGCGGAGAGACUGGGGCAAGGGCAUGGCAUGUGUUGGUCGCACAAAGGAAUGUACCAUUGUCCCUUCGAACCACUAUGGACCAAUUCCUGGGAUUCCGGUUGGCACCAUGUGGAAGUUCAGAGUUCAGGUGAGCGAAUCCGGUGUUCACAGGCCCCACGUGGCGGGUAUACAUGGCAGAAGUAAUGAUGGCGCCUAUUCCUUGGUUCUGGCAGGAGGCUAUGAAGAUGACAUAGAUCAUGGAAAUUCCUUCACAUAUACAGGGAGCGGAGGGCGUGAUCUUUCUGGAAACAAGCGCACAGCGGAACAGUCUUGUGAUCAAAAACUCACCAACAUGAACAGAGCUCUGGCUCUGAAUUGCAGUGCCCCCAUCAAUGACAAAAAUGGAGCUGAAGCCAAGGACUGGAGAGCUGGGAAGCCGGUCCGAGUGGUGAGGAACGUAAAAGGAGGCAAACAUAGUAAAUAUGCUCCUGUAGAAGGGAACAGAUAUGAUGGAAUAUAUAAGGUUGUGAAAUACUGGCCCGAGACAGGGAAAUCUGGAUUUUUAGUGUGGCGUUACUUACUUAGGAGGGAUGAUGAAGAACCUGCUCCUUGGACCAAAGAAGGAAAGGACAGGAUGAAAAAGCUUGGCCUAACAAUGCAGUAUCCUGAAGGGUAUUUGGAAGCUGUUGCAAACAAAGAUAAGGAAAAAGAAAAUAAUGGAGAAGAUGAUUUUGAUACCCCAGGGAAAGGAAAGAGGAAAAGGAAAUCAGAAAAACUCAUUACCUCUCCUACAGGGACUCCAAAGAAAACUAAAGUUGAGCCAUACAAGCUGACAUCUCAGCAAAAAUCUCUUAUAAAAAGUGAUGAAGCCAAUGAAAAACUGUGGAAUGAAGUACUAGAAGCUCUCAAAGAUGGACCGAAAUUUCUAAAUAAAGUUGAAGAGGCCUUCUUGUGUAUUUGCUGUCAGGAGGUUGUGUUUCGGCCAGUCACAACUGUAUGCCAACACAACGUGUGCAAGGAUUGUUUGGAUAGAUCCUUCAAAGCUGAUGUGUACAGUUGUCCAGCCUGCCGCUACGAUCUUGGCAAAAAUUAUACCAUGCAAGUGAAUGAAACACUGCAGACCGUUCUAACUCAGCUCUUUCCUGGAUAUGGCAGUGGACGGUGAUUCUGUAAAGCACUUCUAAUUUUCUUUUGUUCAAACGUAUUAAUGGGUUUUCAGUGGGUAAUUUAAAAAAAA